AUGGAUACUGGAACUAUUAUUUGUCGUCAAGCAUUGGGUAGACAUCAUCACAUUGGUUCGUUGUAUAAUGCAAAUACAGAUAAUUUUUGUGAAACAUCUUUAAUUAGCAAUAAUAUAGAAAAAUUGAUUAAACAAUCAAAAAUUUCUACACAUUCGGCUGAUUAUAAUAUUUGCUUGGAUGAAUUUUGUUAUGAAAAACUUAAUAGUUUAGCUGUUGAAGAUGAUUUUAAAUUAAGUAUCAUUUCUGGAUUAUCAAAUUUAAAUGAUAAUGAUAAUAUUUACAAACAAUAUAUUUGGACAGUUGAUAAAUUAUCAAAUAGAGCAAUUACAAGUAAUUUAAUUUAUCGUAUAAUAACAAUAAUAAAAGAACUUGAUAUUGAUCAAUCAGACUCAAUGAAACAUUUGAUUACUACCAUCAUUCAAGAUGAUGAUAAUGAUAAAGGAACACAUUUUGUUGUUGCUGUUGAAUAUGGUAUUCAAAUAAUUAUGAAAUUUCAAAUAGAAAAUAUUAAUGAAGAAAAAAUCGAUGAAUAUAAAUUAAAAUUAAUGAAUAUUUUAGAAAAAUUAGUUUCAUUUUUAAAAUCUAAUGGAAAAUCAUCUUUCGGAUUAACAAAAGAUGAAAAAGAUUUUCUUAAUGAUUUUCAAUUAAACAUUUUUACAGACAUGUCACAAAAUACAAGGUCAUCAUCACCUCAAUUCAAUCGUAACAACAACAAUGAUGCUGAAAAUGAUAUUUUGAAUUAUAUUAAUAUGAUUUUAACUACAAUUGAGAAAAAUGAAAAAUUAUUGGUACCAAUAUCUUACAGAUUAUGUUCAACAAAACAACAUCAAAUAGUUUCAACUAAGAAUAAUCUUGUAUUAUUAAUUGUUAAUGAAUUUGAUCAUUUACAAAAAUCAAUAAAAAAUUUUAAUAUUUUUAUUGAUAAAUUAAAAAAUAUUGAAAAUUUGUCAAUGAAAAAUGAAUUAAUAAAAUAUGAAAAAAAACUUGAAAAAAUAAAAAAUGAAGAAAAAUUAUUAUUAACAAAACUAUCAUCAAUUAUAAUAAAUAUUCGAACAAAAAAUUUAAAUGAAAAUGAAAUUAUCAAAUUAAUUGAACAAGAAUAUUUAAUUAAAAAUCAAUUUUAUUCAAUUGAAAUUGAAAAUAUUUUAAAUACACAAAUAAAUUUAAAAGAAAAAAUAUUUUUUAUUAAUUCAUUAGCUAAAGAUAAUAUUCACUAUUGUGAUGUAUCAAUAGAGUAUCCUGAAACAACAACAACAACAACAUCAAAAUUUGAACAAUUUUCUAAUAUUUAUUUUGAUAAAAAUUAUUCUUGUCUAUUCUAUUCAGUCAAUGAUGAUGAUUUUAAAAAUAAAUCAAAUUUAUGGAAAUUAUUUUUGAAAAAAACUCGAAAUAAAAAUUUGAAAUGUAUUUAUAUGGAUUUGAAAAAUUGUUUAGAAGAAUUUAAACCAAAUGAAAACUUAAUUUAUUAUUAUAAAAAUGGACAACGAAUAAAUGAAGAAGAAGAAGAAGAAGAAGAAAAAAAAAAUGAUGAUAUUAAUAUUUUAUUAUUAGGUGAAACAGGUGUUGGAAAAUCAACAUUUAUUAAUGCAUUUGUUAAUUAUUUAAAUUAUAAUAAAUUUGAUGAUGCAAUUAAUGGUAAUACAAUUGUAUUAAUUCCAAAUUCAUUUAUUAUUACAGAUGGUGAAACAUUUGAAGAAAAAGAAAUUAAAAUUGGUAAUAUUGAUAAUGAUUCAAAUGAAAUUAAUAUAAAAGGAAAAUCAGCAACACAAGAAUGUCGUUCAUAUGUAUUUAAUAUUGGUAAUAAUAGAAAUUUAAGAAUUAUUGAUACACCUGGUAUCGGUGAUACAAGUGGAAUUGUAAAAGAUAAACAAAAUUUAGAAUUAAUUAUUUCAUAUAUAACAAAAUAUGAACAUUUAAAUUCAGUUUGUAUUUUAUUAAAACCAAAUGCAUCAAGAUUAAAUAUAUUUUUUAGAUUUUGUAUACAACAAUUAUUAUCUUAUUUAAAUGUUAAUAUUAAAGAUAAUAUUUUAUUUUGUUUUACUAAUUCACGUUCAACAUUUUAUUUACCAGGAAAUACAGCACAAUUAUUAAAACAAAUAUUAGAUGAGUUAAAAGAUCACAAUAAUAUUGAUAUUAAAUUUAAUAAACAAAAUACAUUUUGUUUUGAUAAUGAAUCAUUUCGUUAUCUUGCUGCAAUAAAAUCUAAUAAUAAUUUUGAUAUUUUAUUUAAUGAAAAUCAAAAAAAAGAUUUUGAAAAUAGUUGGAAUAAAUCAAUAAAUGAAACAUUAAGAUUUAUUGAUUAUAUUUUAUUAUGUAAAAAAUAUAAUUUAAAUGAAACAAUUCAAUUUAAUAAAAUACGGAAAUUAAUUUUUGAAUUAGCAAGACCAAUUUUAGAAUCAAUAAGAAAUAUUCAAUUAAAUUUAAAAUUAUUAAAUGAAAAAUUAGAAACAGAUUUAUUAGAAAAUAAAAAUAAAAAACUUAUUCCAUUUGUUUAUAUUCAAACAAAAAUGUUGAAUUAUCCAAGAACUGUUUGUACAAAUGAAAAAUGUGUUAAAUAUUAUCAAGAUACUGAACAAAUUCAUUUUUCGACCAUUUGCCACAGUCCAUGUUACGUAAAAAAUAUUAAUCUUAAUGUAAUUAAUAAUCCAAUUAUUAAAGAAUGUGAAAUAUUUGAUAUUAAUAAUAUUUGUAUGAAAUGUAAAUGUCAAUGGUCUGAUCAUAUGCAUAUUUCAUAUGAAACAGAAUUAAUUCAUAGUCAGAAAAUAAUGGAAUCAACAACAACAACAACAACAGUAGGCAAUGCUGAUGAUAAUUAUGAACAAGAAUUAAAUAAAAGAAUAAAAAAUUUAUUACAUGAACAAUUACAAAUGAUUGAAAUUUGUAUUAAAUUUAUUAAAUUUUUAAAAAAAAAUUCAAUAAUAUCAUUUAAUGAUCCAUUUUUUGAUUAUAUUGAAUAUUAUAUUACAGAAGAAGAACAAAAAUUCAAUUUUGGUGCUAAUAAUGAAUUUAUUUUAAAUGGUUUAAAAAAUAUAAAAACAUUUUAUAUUGAAAAAUUAACAUCAACCAUUGAAACAACAACAACAGCAACUGUUGAUAAUUCAAUACCGUCAACAAUGGACAAUGAUGAAAUUGAAAAAUUAUUAGAUCAAUUAUAUAAUUUACCUGAAAAUGGUUUAUUAAUAAAAAAUCAAAUAAUUAUGUUAAAAAAUCAACAAAAAAAUGAAAUAGAAAAAAGUGAAAAAAUUAUUCAAAUUUCUUCUUCGUCUAAUCAAAAUAAUCAAAAUUUAAUUAUUACAAAAUUAAAUAAAAAUUAA